AUGGGCAAGAAGGGCUCGGCUUAUUUCUGUAAAACUCGAUAUCAUGAUUGGCAAAAAUGUGUGAUUCUUGCGCGUGACGAAGACUUGCAAAAGUUGAAAGAUAUUAAAGAAAGCUAUGAAAAAAUCUACGCUGAAAAAAUCAAUAAAAAGCUGAAGGAUUCUUCUCCUAAUUAUUUACAGAUUGAAAAUAAUUCAUAUGGCCGAGGAGUCUAUGCUUCUAAAAACAUCUCAGUAGAUGAAUAUGUAGUAGAAUAUAAAGGAAAUGUGAUAAAGGGGAUGCAACCAGCUCUCAAAAUGGAAAAAAACAUUGAUGCUACCGAUGAUGAUGGUAGUUUUGGCAGACUCAUAAAUCACUCAUUCGACGAAAAUGUAUAUCCAAUCGUAUGGACUAGUGACCAGAACAAGCCUCAUAUUAUCUUUUUUGCAAAAAGAGAUAUCGCCAUAGGAGAAGAGAUUGUUUAUAACUACACUGAGCAUAGAAAGAUAAUAUGGAAAUUAUAUCCAUUUUUGGAUCCGAACAACAAAAAUGAGACUACGAAAACCUUUCAAAAGG